GGUGAAACCAGCAAACGCGUUGCACAAUGACUACUGAAAAAUCAAAAUGAGGCAAGGUCAAACCAAUUCAGCCAGUGAUGGGCUUCCUAAAGUCAAUUGGUUGGAUCAUGCCAGCGCACACGAGAACUUUUCAUGUCAAAACAGUUUUUUGACUUCCAACUUCCUAUUCUCCUUGCCAACUCAAAAACCAUGCUCAGAAGAAGCUUUGCGUGGGAGAUUUGUACUCUAUCAAAAUCAAAACAUUCAAAGGUUGCAGAGAGCGCACAUUGAGAAGGCUUGGUGUGCUCUUUCUAGUCUACAGAAUUCUUGCAGAAACUAUGCCAAACCGGGAAAAACUGCCCAAAUCAGUCCUCCAAUUCUUGCAGACAAGAGAACAACUACCUGGCAGAGAAGUUCUGAGAAUGAUAGAUGUUCUCAGUUUUAUAAUUUUAACGUCUCAAGUGAAAACAAUGUGAAAUCUAAUCAAUGCUUUCCAUCAAGUAAUCCUACAGCCGAAGGAGGGGAUAGUUUGAGGUGCCUCGAUGAAGCCACAACUCCAACAGUCAGUAACCACUGUUCUCGAGUUUUGGAUGGUUCAGUGAACAACCGUCCAAAGUAUACUGCUGAAGUUAACGGGUCAACAAAUUGUAUGGCUGCCAAAAUUGAUGAGGAUGAUGAUGAUAUACUUGGGAACAUUGAUGUUGACCAAAUAGUGGAAAACUACCAGUCAACUUGCACUCCUCAACCAUCAAUAGCCAAGUUUCCGCCUAUUACUCCUACUGUUGAUGCAAAGAGUUUUGCUAGACAAGGGGAACAUGGUUUGCCUCUGGAGUUGUGCUCAGAUUGCAUUCAUGGUUAUAAGGUAGCGCUUUGCCCUGAAGCAGCAAACCAUUUGCAGGAAUGGAAGGACAAUCUGAUUGCUAUCUCCAAUGAACUGCUUGACAAUGUUGACAGCCUCAAUUCUUCACAGAUAGCAAAGCUUCGUCAAGACAGGUCACAGUUAAAUAAGCAGAUUCAGCAACUCGAAAGAUAUAUUCAUUCCUGUAAGCUUGAUGUGGAAAGACAAAACUCACAUUUUUCGGCAUCCACAGCACCUCCAACUUCUUUUCAGUUUGAGAGACCAAAUCAAACUGAACUCAGGAGUGGAUCAAUGAGAUAUGAUAACCAGGCUUAUAUGAGUAAUGAGCCAUGUGGAGCUUCAUUCCAGUCAUUUUCAUUCUCUGCUGUUGAUAAGUAUGGCAUGUCGUCAGGCCCAAUGGAGAGAGAAACAUUUAUUCCUAAGAUUAUUGAUGUUAAUUACAUUGAAGGUUCUGGAGACAAACGCUGGAGCGACCAAAAUUUUCCUUGGACAAAAAAGCUGGAGGCCAACAAUAAAAAGGUUUUUGGAAAUCAUUCAUUCCGCCCCAAUCAGAGAGAGGUUAUUAAUGCUACAAUGAGCGGAUAUGAUGUUUUUGUCUUAAUGCCUACGGGUGGAGGGAAGAGUCUGACCUACCAGCUCCCUGCUCUUAUUUGUCCAGGUAUAACUUUAGUAAUCUCUCCCCUUGUGUCCCUUAUUCAAGAUCAAAUAAUGCAUCUGCUGCAGGCAAAUAUCCCUGCUACAUACUUGAGUUCCAAUAUGGAUUGGUCUGAACAGCAGGAGAUCCUGAGAGAAAUUAAUUCUGAUUAUUGUAAAUACAAGUUUUUAUAUGUAACACCUGAAAAAGUUGCCAAAAGUGAUGUUCUUUUGCGGCAAUUGGAGAGUUUGCAUGUUCGUGAGUUGCUUGCUAGGAUUGUAAUUGAUGAAGCUCAUUGUGUGAGCCAAUGGGGGCAUGAUUUUAGACCAGAUUAUCAGGGCCUUGGUAUAUUGAAACAAAAGUUUCCAAAUACUCCUGUUCUGGCUUUGACAGCUACAGCAACAGCCAGCGUAAAAGAAGAUGUUGUUCAAGCUCUUGGUCUUGUCAACUGCAUUGUUUUCCGGCAAAGUUUUAAUCGCCCAAACUUAUGGUACUCUGUUGUCCCCAAGACAAGAAAGUGUUUGGAGGACAUUGAUAAAUUCAUCAGGGAAAAUCACUAUGACGAAUGUGGCAUUAUUUAUUGUCUUUCACGAAUUGACUGUGAAAAAGUUGCUGAAAAAUUACAGGAAUGUGGACAUAAAACUGCAUUUUAUCAUGGAAGCAUGGAUCCUGCUCAACGAACAUUUGUUCAAAAGCAAUGGAGCAAAGAUGAAAUCAAUAUAAUGUGUGCUACUGUGGCAUUUGGAAUGGGAAUUAACAAACCUGAUGUUCGCUUUGUAAUUCAUCACUCUCUCCCAAAAUCUAUUGAAGGAUACCACCAGGAGUGUGGACGAGCUGGUAGAGAUGGUCAACGUUCAUCCUGCAUAUUAUAUUAUAGCUAUAGUGACUAUAUACGAGUUAAGCACAUGAUAACUCAAGGAGCAAUAGAGCAAAGCCCAAUGACAUCUGGAUAUAAUCGAUCUAAUUUGACAAAUUCAAGGAUGCUAGAGACUAACACUGGAAACCUUCUGCGGAUGGUAAGCUAUUGUGAAAAUGAUGGUGAUUGUAGACGACUUCUGCAGCUUGCUCAUUUCGGGGAGAGGUUUGAUCCUGCAAACUGUAAGAAAACAUGUGAUAACUGUCUGAAGAUCAAGAGUUUUAUUGAGAAGGAUGUCACAGAGAUCGCAAAGCAAUUGGUUGAGCUAGUUAAGAUAACGGGGCAGAAUUUUUCAUCAUCUCAUAUCUUAGAAGUGUACCGUGGUUCCUUAAACCAGUUUGUCAAGAAACACCGGCAUGAAACAGUACGGCUUCAUGGUGCUGGGAAGCAUCUAGCUAAGGGAGAGGCUUCCCGUGUGUUGCAUCAUCUUGUUAUUCAAGAUUUUCUUGCGGAGGAUGUAAAGAAAAGUGAUAUUUAUGGAUCAAUUUCAUCAAUAUUAAAGGUCAAUGAGUCCAAGGCCCGUAAUCUGUUUGGUGGCCAGAAAAUUAUAUUAAGAGUUCCUUCCUCGGAAAAAGCAUCAAAGCUGGGAACUCCAGGAAUAACACCAGCUAAAGGCUCUCUGAUAUCUGGGAAGGCGAAUUUUCCACAAAAUGAUCCUCCUGCCUCACCUCAAACUGAAGUGGACUUGAAUCUUUCCGCUAAGUUGUUCACUGCUCUGCGGCUCCUGCGGACAACUAUUGUCAAAGAAGCUGGAGAGGGUGUCAUGGCCUACCACAUUUUUGGAAAUGCGACGCUGCAGCAGAUAAGCAAGAGAAUACCGAGAACAAAGGAAGAGCUCCUUGAGAUCAAUGGCAUUAGCAAGGCCAAGGUAAGCAAGUAUGGAGAUCGGUUACUGGAAACCAUUGAAAAUACCAUAAGGGAAUAUCACAAGUCGGACAAAAGCAACAGCUGGAGCAACGAGAGUAAUGAUUCUGCUAAAAGGAGACGAGACCAAAACGUAAAAGGGGAUGAUGAUGAGUGCACUAGAAGUAAUGGUCGUUCAAAGAAAAGGACGGUAAAGAGAAAGAAUACAAAUGCUGUGGUUUAUGAUUCUGCGGAAGAAGAUUAUUUUAAAGAUUGCCUAGAUGAAGAUCUAGAUUUUGACAAUAUAGAAAAUACUGCAUUGGAUAUAAAUCGUAGGAAUUCUGAAGGAAGAGUCCUUCCUCAAUGGACAUCCUGAGAGGGUGUAUGUUGAUCAUUAAUUUUAAUUUUAUCUUUUUUUCUUUUGUUGCACAUGCCUUCUAAGGUCAUGUCAAUGUGUUUAGGAAGCACAAAUCAAUCUGAAUUAAUUUAUUAAUUAUUAAUUAAUUGA